UCCUCGACCCUGGCAUUGUGACGUUGAUACUGGGUGAAACCUGUUAGAUACGACUACACGACCACCGUUGCAUAAUAUUUUCCGGUCUUUCUGCCCGUAUGCUAAUGGUAGGCGGAUCCCCGGACUCGGUCGACGCUUCCGGGUCCAGAAAAACAGGAAGAAUGAGACUCCCCCAUAAUCGUGAAGGCACUUCUCCUGGCCAUUAUAUCAGUCGGUGACACUACGCUUACAAGUAGAUGCAGAUGACGUGAAUAAAUCCAUGAGUAAUCUAGAAGGGACCAAGUUUGAUGCACUUAACGGCGUGCCCCAGCGAAAGCAGCCGCGCUGGCGACGGACGCCAACGACCUCGCGGCUGAUCGUUGCGUUAGCGGUUUUGGCGCUGCUUUUCUUUAGGAUCGGACCAUCAGUGAAAUUCCCGAGAGUACGUCACCGGGCACUGGCUUUCAGAAAACAUCCCAAUCUUUCAUGCGUCCGCCCGGCCCACUUCGUGAUGCAGUCUGAUCACAGGAUGCACCACUACGGCGGAGAGCUGUAUCCCCAGGCUGCACGGACAUCCUUCAAGUUCCUACCGAGUCCUCGGACACUGAGCAUUGACGCGAUCGGUACCCACGGAUCCGUCCGUUUCAUGCUUGAUGACCGCGACUACGGCCAACCCGAAGACGCGGCUUCCAAGCGAUAUAUUUCGGUUGAUGUCACAGCAUUUUCAGACGACUGGCUAGGAUUCGAACAGACGGCGAUGCUUUGCCAAACUGUGCCUCGGGUAACCGGCGCAGGAGAGAUAUCAGAAGGGGUCAUGAUAUCGGCCGAUACCGACAGAGCCGCCGCCAAUCGAACUGUAUUCGAUAUCACAGUCCGAUUCCCCGCAUCAGAUUCGCUGUCCUUACCUCCAUUUUCACCGAAAAUCUCUGCUACUAUGUUCGGCUUCGAGAUCCUGAUCGACGACAUGGACAAUCACGUCCUAUUUGACUCGGUCUUCCUUCGAUCCAUGAAGAAGUCAAUCCACAUAAAUGCGCUGCGUGCCAACAGCGUGCAGGUACAGAACUGGAAUGGCAACAUCAGCGGAUCGAUAACGUCGAAGGGUCAGAUCGACUUAUACGCCCACAACGGCGCCGUUACGAUCAACGCUGAUCUUGUCGCGGAUGAAGCGUCUGUCACGUCAACUCACUCACCAGGCGCCACAGCGCCGACAUUGCUGGUGACCACCGUGUAUGGGCCCAUCGACGCAACUGUCAAUCUGCUCACAGCUCGCUCCCUGGAUUUAUUCCGCGAGCCCAGCGAUGGCUCUCUGCCGACAUACAAGACAAUCCUACAUACUAUCAACGCGCCGCUCACCGUCACAUAUCCUACCGCGCCCGAGCACCACAAUCUCACCCUGUUUGCCUCCAACUCUCAUGCACUCACUAUCGCCCGACUUCCGGACUCGUUCGUAGGUCAUCUGGCAUUGCGCUCGCAGAAUACGCAACGGCCCCUAGUUGUACACUUGGAUGAGAAAGCGGACCGACACAGACGACGGUUGCAAAUUACGUCUGUGGACAAGCAUGGUCUUACGGCUACUGUCCAGCGCGGUAGCCUUGACUCGGACCGUCAGCUCGGUGCAGGUAUAGUUGAUGUCCAAGCGAUAGGUGGUGAUCUGUCUGUGAUGUUGUAGUGCGUCUGUUAUCUUCGUCGAUGGAUACUCGAAUCGCGGUGUUCCAUGCCGCAUUCCUCAAAGCGCGAUGUAGACUCCAGGUGAUCAGAAGGUAG